AUGCCCGAGCUGAUUCCCAUGCUCCGGGAUGACGUCCAGCAAGCUUUGGCCGAGAGCAACGGCGUCUUCACGAGCGGUGCCAUGCAGAACAUGAAGAAGCUGGACAGCUUCCUCAAGGAGACUAUGAGAUACUACGCACUUGGUCCCACAUCAUUCCAACGCAAGGUCCUGAAGACCUUUACUCUAUCGAACGGCCAGGUCAUUCCCGCUGGAUCCGUAGUCGAAUUGCCCGUGAUCGGUAUCAACAAUGACGACGAAAUCUUCCCCGACUCCGAGAAGUUUGACCCCUUGAGAUUUUACAAGCUGCGGCAAGCCAAAACGGAACAGGAGACCGGCUCAAAACAGGCCGAGGUUGUGGCAAAUGCCCAGUUCGUUAGCGUAGGGCAGACCAGUUUGACCUUUGGAUACGGUCGUCACGCAUGCCCGGGUCGCUUCUUCGCUGUGAACGAGAUCAAGAUGAUCAUGGCGACGACUCUGGCUAACUACGACAUCAAGAACCUGGGAGAUAGCAAGGAGCGAUACAAGAACUUGGAAUUCGGCGCAAUAACUCAACCGGACCCCGACAGGAAGGUUUUGCUGAGAAAGCUUUAG